UUUUUAAAAAAUAAACCUGUUUAAAAUCGGAAUUUAAUACAGACUAUUUAUUAUACUGUAUAUAUACUAUCAAUUUAUUAUCUCUUGAAACAGUUCUCUAACCAAUAACUCUGCUGUUGUGUCUGUAAUUCCAGUUACCACCCUAGCGCAGCUUGAUACGAAUCAUGACCAGAGUUAAUUAGCUAGUCAGGAGCUGUGUAUCGUUCACCACUUGGUAACAUUUUACAGAUUCUCAGUGAAGCUAGAUAAUUGCUUAAAUAAACGUGGCUAGUUACAGUGGCUCCUAGGCAGCAGAGCGAUGUCCAGAUCUCGUGUAAAGGCUCUAUUUAGUUGUAAAUCAACAUGUGUAACUGGUUAGAUCAACCAAUUAGAAUGUGCUUUUGUUUAGAAAAUAACUGAAGUCCCAGUGGAAAAGUCGAGUUCAAUCGGUCAGUGAUUUAAAUCAGUCCACCGGGCUGGGUACUGAGCUCUAGUCCUGGCAGGUUGGAGUGUCAGGUUCACCCCCUGUGUUGACACAAGACCUUCCUUCCACUUACUCAGCCCUUGCAAAACACACACGCCCCUGCAACUGGAGCUGUUGUGGUGAAGGCCCUAAGUCCUGCUCCUUCAGCUCCUGUUGCCUUCAGCGGGAGCCUUGCCUGAGUAAGGACGGCAAAAUUGUCUUAAUCUAGUGGUCCCUGGUUAUGCGCAGUGGCCUAUGACUAAGACGUGCUAUUAAUAAAAUGAUUUGGGGAUCCACGUGGACUGUCCACCACGCCUGGCAGGCAGAUGCUUCCAUUUUACCUCUUUCCCAGAGUGCAUAGGUAGUGCUGGGGGUAGCAGAACGCUUUGCAGGCUGGAUUGCAGAGAGCGAUGUUGCAGUCGUGCCAUUGGCCGUAGAAUUGCAUAUUUAUGCCAUAAAGCACCCAUAUGGCUCUUCCAGCCUAAAAUUGGGCCCAUGUAUAAUGCUUUCGUGUCUUCAGAACUGUACAAACAUUGAGCAUUUGUAUAACGGCCCACUAUCACUCACAAGCACUGGAUAGAUGGGCAUUGCUCUUGUACACUUGCUCCUAAUUGCUCGUGAACUGCAGAACUGGUUAGAAGCAGCAGCGUUUUUAGCCACUUUGCUGUAGGUUUUUUUAAACCUUCUCUCUGUGAGGUCAUUCUGGCUUUGGCUUAGCUCGGGGUGACCAGACUCUCCUGGUGGAAUUCCAUUAAACGGUUCCCACAUUGUUACAGCAGGGACUGGCCAUCUGUCAGAGCUACGCAAAAUGACUUGCGCUGCAGGCCUGUUCCUUGCCCCGCAUAGUCUGGAUUAUAAAUCAGUUCAUCUCUGCUUGGCCUAUGCCUAGGGAAACCCUGCGAAUACUUGGCUGUGUCCCUGGGCCCGGGAGCCUGCUUUCGCUAGAUUGCAUGGAAGGACGAGAGGCCUAACUCUCCCCACGCUGAAAGAGGAGAAUGCAAGGGACCGUGGUGGCCAGUGCUGCCUCCCAAGGCAGUGCUCAGAGAUCCCAGCCUGUGAAAGAAUCCCUCCUAGAAAGUGGAGGGGGCAGAGAGGCAGGCAAACCAGCAUGUCCAGUCCCUUGUGGCCUACAGGGAAAAAACCACAGGCUAGCAAAAGGAAGAAGUUAAAGGCCAGGAAGUUCCUGGGACCAGAAGGGCUGUGAGGGUAUCUUUGAGGAGUGCUCCACAGACGGCCAGCUGGUCCGUUAAUAAGUGAGGAUGGGUGGGAAUGACUCAAACUGCGGAGGACAUAGAACUCAUGGGAAUAAGGGAGAGCAGUCUGGACAAGCCUGAGCCCGAGUGUCUACACUGGAACGUCAAAGCCCUGCAGCCCGAGUCAGCUGAGAUGGACCAGCCCUGGUUUGUUGUUACGUGUGGACAUACGCAGAGAGGGAGUCGGGAGAAGACACUGGCUGGGACUGGCCCUCGUGGGGCCGAGGAAGUGGCCACCAGCUAGGGCGUGAGAGGCGAAGUUCCCUGCAGCACCGCGUCCAGGCAUGAGGAGGUGCCCUAGAGGUGAAGAUGCUCUUACAGACCCUUAGCACCUUUGGAAAAUGCUGUCAGCCGGUAGUGUCUCCUCUGUUCCUGCAUUGCUCAGUGCUGAAUCUAAUUUCAUUAGACAGUCUCCUUGCCUAGUAGAUUCUGUUAUUGCACCUAAAUUCUGCUCUGAGACAAUUCCCCAGUUCUCCUGUCCUAUAUGAGAUGAACUAAACAACAGCCCUUUUUUCUUUUCAAUGGUGAGAGUUCAAUUUAUUUGAAACUUACAAGCAGCUGUUUGAGCUCUUAGAGGAGGGGGAUGUUAGAUCAUCAGCAAUUGCUAAAGAUAUGUCAUUUUUAUUUGAACUAUAAGCUACUACAAUCAAACAUAAGGCGCUGGGGUCCUUUUUCCUCUUGCAGCAUAUUGUUUGGGCGGAGGUGUGGGUCGUGCAGUCGAAUGCAUCCUCCUUUCCCCUCCCCAAAUGCCUUUAUGGGGUCACAUUCGAAAGCCUCAGAAAGCCCUUGAUUCUGCCUCCAUUUCCUGUUGUCGGCCAAACGAUCAGUAGAGGAUUUUAAAAAAAAAAUGUAGAUAAGAAAAGUUCUCUCGUUAGUUUCCGUCACAUGCAUCCCCAUCCCUCUCUGCACCUCAGGGGUUGUUCUGUGGAAUGGGGGGAGGGAAGCCCCUAAGCUUUUAUAGGAGGGGUGCCUGCCUCCUGCCUGCCAGAUCGCUGUUUCCUUUGCUUCAGUUUGAUGUGAUGACAGGAUUCCUUGAUCCUGCUGACAUGUUGCCUUUGCCAAAUGAAGAAAAUGAAGAUUUCUGGAAAGCUGUUAACGGAUGGCCCAACGUGGCAGCCCUCCAAAGGAGGGAUGCUCCUGCUGAGGUGCAAAGCAGGGCCCUGCUCCAGUGAGGACCCUGGAAUUUGGCCCUGGGGCAUCAGAUGUAUUUGUUCCAGGUUUGUUAAAAAUGCACCGUCCGUGCCCGUGGGUGGUUGUUAAUUCAUGAGGAGUGUCUGAGUCCUGCAAACUGAAGCAGGUCUGUCUGCACUCCAGAGCUUCUCAGACACAUGGCCCACCUCGACUUGAGAUGGCAGCUUGGUCUCUUAAAACAUUUAUGAUACAUUUUUAAAAGCCCGACUGACCGUAAAUUCUGAGAUGUUUUGCAGAGUAAAUUAGUUAUGUGGCAGCCUCAGUGCUUGUUGGAAACAGAGACUCGGGAAUGCUGCACUUCAGGGUUGGGUCGGGAAUAGUGAGUCCAGGAUCUGGAAUACUUUCGAGAGGCAGAAGAAGGAAAGUAUGGAAGCGCUCUAAUCUUGCGCAUAGUCCAAAAGCUACUGUAGCUACAUCUGGCAAUCAGUCCACCAUCAGAAGGGUUGGAAAUUCCACUCUGAUCUGCAGUUCAAAGCCACUGCCCUCCCCGAGGAUGAAAUGUUUGCUUCAUCUUGGUUUGCAAAUGCAAACUAGCUGUAGAAGCAUUGUCACUAUAAAAUAGAAAUCUGGCACGGUACCCAAAUCCCUUUGAAAGGUGAGGAAACGUGCUUUGACCUGUGAAAGGCACUGCUGCAUCUCCAGUGAAAAGUCGUGAGUGGAUCAUAAAGGAUCAAUACUGAAUUCUGUAGAAAACAAGUUAUUUCCCUUUACAGCACAUCUGGAGUUCACAGAUGUCUAGAAAAUGUAGACUACUUCCAGCAUGGGUUUGAUCGGUGUAGAUUUUCCAAGGCUAAGCACAGUUGGUCACUAACAUCCAAUGGGCUUUUGAGCAUGAAGUUUGGUUUAGUUAUCCUUUAAAAGGGUGGGGGAAAAGACUUGUUCUUACGCCCUAUAGAAGUGCUUGCAAAUAGACCACUUCUGAGUUGGGUUUAUUGGGCAGAUGAACUAGUGGGUGGGACACAAGCUGAGUUCUGACUACAAAGGAGACCUGCUUGCCUUGCCAUCCAGAAAACACUUCCCUCCUUCUGAGCUCUAGGUUUUGUUGGUGGCAACUGAAGAAACUGGGAAGAAGAUGCUUCCUUUAUUUUUGUGUAUAAAAGACAAAUUAAAUGGCAAAUGUCUUUUUUUUUCCCCCUCUGGUUUAUCCAAAGAGCCUGUCUGUGUUCGGUGCCUUUUGCAUGCUGCCCUGCUUUGGGUCUUUCAAAUCGCUUCCACCACAAAGCAGAGGCUAAACCGCCUGAGCGUAUGAAACCCUUAAACGUUGAGAUCGGUUUCCCGGUAAGAAUCCCGGUCAAUAAAGGACCAAGCAAAAGAAAUGCCGGGAAUCAGCUGUCCAAACUGCAUUGUGUCAGAAGGGCGCAUUUUCCAUAAGGCAUAGACUUAAUGUUAAGGGGCUGUAAACAUUGCUGUGAGAAACUCUCUUUUUCAUCAGCUGUCUUGACUGUCUUCUUGAACGUAACAAAAGAUGUUUUGUUUUUGUUUUUUUAAUAAAGAUUCCACGAUCUUACGCCAGCAUUCCUUCUCAGAGUUUUCUCCUUGUUUCUCUUGGUAUAAGGUAACAUGCUCCAAUAGGGGCUGUAUUUUGAGCUCAGUUGAAUUCAGGGGCUCUUAAUUUUAAAACUGAGCUUUGCUGAGGUGUUUGCAGUGUUGUUGUAGCCGUGUUGGUUGCAGGAUAUUAGAGAGACCUUUCCCAGACCCGAGGAAGUGCGCUGUGUCGCUCGAAAGCGUCUCUCUUCCACCAACAGAAGCUGGGCCAAUAAGAGAUAUUACCUCACCCACCUUGCCAAGUAGUUAAUCCAUAAUGUGCAUUGGGCCACACUUUAAAAUGAAGUGACCUGUUCGUUAGAAAACUAGCUCCCUUUUCUCUCCGAGCUGCUUUAGCUUAGACGCUUUCUGCUUUUUUUCUUCUAGGACAGACCCUUUAUUUGAAUGCCUGUUUCAGUAGACUGGGACUUCUGCUCUGGCACAUGCGAUGUAAAGCAUUCAGGGAUUAAAGUGCAUCCAUCAGAACAGUGCGUGAAUCCUUCCCCAACCAACCCCACAGUCACUCAGGUUAAUUCUGGGGAUUUUCCCCUCUGUUCCACUGAACGAUUGCGCGUCAGACCGAUGAGGGUUGAGUAAUGAUCCCAGAGGCACAGUGAGGUCCCAGGGAUUUGAAGCAGGAGUGUCCUGAUUCUAUCCUGGAUUUGCCAGUGACUUGCUUUGUGACCUUGAACAAGUCCUGUACUCCGUUUCUGUGGAAUGGUGGUAGCAGCUCUUCGUCUAGGGGGCCCAUUGCAGUCGUGUCCACUUCCGUAGCAUCUGAGCACGGCUCGUCCUCGCACGGCUGGGCAGGAUGGGUGUGUGCAAUGUCCAAGAUCUAUGGGAAGUGCUGUUGUGUAAGUAGAGGACUAGAUAGCAACCCCUUCCUUUGCAUGGACUGCGAUGGGGAUUCCAUACUUGUAGCAAGCUGCUGAACUUGGAUUUCCGCUCAGCUGAGAACUCCUCUCUAAUCAUCUGACUGUUCCUACAGGCCACACGUCAAGAGGAUGGGGAGCAGUCCUUCAGGGCUUUGAUCUUUUUAAAGAGGAAGUUGGGUGCUAGGCACGGCUUUCAAAUACCUCAGACUGAAUCAUAAAUCCCUUUACCUGGCGUGCGUUUCCCAGCUGUGACUGCUAGCUAAUUACCCCCAAACUAUUUUCGUCUUCUCCUCCGAGCUAUGAAAUCACAGUAUUGGCCUUGUGACAUCACAGUCACUUCUGUGGCAACAGGCCGUGCGAACGUCAACACGAAAGCAUGAGUUCAUCACAGGAAGGAUGGGAGCACAUGUGAUGUUGCUCGGAGCGCGCUCCUAGUCAGACACACCGACGGCAGUGAAGGCAGCGCAGACAAACCCCAGCCAAGUCUGUGACGUUAUUUCUCUUACCAAGAAAUUUGUUCUCUUUCAGGUCUGUUCUUGUGUGAGUUCCCAUCUGAGUGGAUGUGAUGUCUUACUCCGAUUCGCUUGCCUCCUCCUUUGUUGUGAGGAUAAGGUGUAUGAGGGACCAAACGCUCCGCGGACACUAAGCAGACAGAGCCAGCCAGGAGUGGGAAAGGAUGCCGAUACCUCCUCCCCCUCCACCGCCUCCUGGCCCCCCUCCACUGCCAACCUUGCACCAGGCAAACCCCGAGCUCCCGAAGCUGAGCCGAGGUGAGCAGCGAGGUAGAGGAGCCCUGCUCCAAGAUAUCUGCAAAGGGCCCAGGCUGAGAAAGGUGACGCAGGUCAAUGACCGGAGCGCUCCAGUCCUGGAGAAACCCAAGGGAGGAGGUGGUGGUGGCUCCGGCUCCGGCUCCAGCUCUGCCAUGCUCCAGCCCAAAGGCGGCCUCUUCCAAGGGGGCGUCCCUAAGCUCAGACCCGUAGGAGCGAAGGACAACUCAGACAGCUCCUCCAGCAAGCCAUCGCUGCAGGUUCCUGGCUCCAGAUCAGCAGCCCCCAGGCCCCCGGUGCCCGUGACCAACAGCCGACCUCACGAUGACUCCGACAACAACCGGGCUUCCCCCCCCGAGCUUCCCCGGAUGCAGAGACCCUCCUUGCCUGACCUUUCCCGGCCCAACAGCACCAGCAGUACCGGCAUGAAACACAGCUCGUCUGCCCCUCCGCCCCCGCCUCCAGGCCGCCGAGCCAACGCGCCCCCGGCACCCCCUCCGAUGCAUGGCAGCAAAGCGCCUUCCUACAACCGGGAGAAGCCGUUACCGCCGACUCCAGGACAGCGGCUCCCCGCGAGCCGGGACGGCCCCCCAGCACCGCCCCCCAUCAAGCCUCCCCCUUCCCCAGUGAAUGUCCGAACGGGGCCAAGUUCUCAGAACCAGUCUCUAGCUCCCCCUCCGCCCCCCUAUCGGCAGCCUCCCGGCGUUCACAACGGCCCUUCCAGCCCCACCAACGAGCUGGCCCCAGAGCUGCCCCAGAGACACAACUCUUUGCAUAGGAAGACCCCGGGCCCCGUGAGGGGCAUGGCCCCUCCUCCACCCUCUUCGGCCUCCCCGUCGCUCCAGAGUCAUCGACCCCCUCCGCCGGCCCGAGACCCUCCGAGCAGGGGAGCAGCCCCCCCACCCCCGCCCCCGCUGAUGAGGAAUGGUGGCCGUGACGCUCCCCCGCCCCCGCCCCCCUACAGAAUGCAUGGGUCAUCAGAGCCUCUGAGUCGAGGGAAACCUCCGCCCCCACCUACCAGGACACCGGCUGGGCCGCCCCCUCCACCUCCGCCAGUGCGAAAUGGGCACCGAGAUUCCAUUGCCACUGUGAGAUCUUUCUUGGAUGACUUUGAGUCCAAAUAUUCCUUUCAUCCAGUGGAAGACUUUCCCGCUCCCGAGGAGUAUAAACACUUCCAGAGAACUUACCCCAGCAAAACGAACCGAGCGACGCGGGGGGCCCCGCCCCUGCCUCCCAUCCCCAGGUGAAGGCCAGAUGCAUUGCCUGGUUGUUCCUUGGCAAGGAGACGGACCUUCUCUCCUUUCCUUGAACGGACUUCCCCCCCCUGCCCCUAGGAACCUGCAUGAGAAGCUCCCAGUGUCUCGUUUUGUUUUUCCACUGGUGCAAGGAACAAACAAACCCGGAUGAAUCCCCUCUCACCUCCAUCUAUGCAUUUCAUACCUGGACUUACCUGGGUGAGUCCCUUCCUCCACUUCAUAGCUGCAGAUCCGCGGGCCGCGCCAGAAAGAGGCUUCCUGCGCCACCGUGCAGAUCUGUGCAAAAAGACUCUCCUGGUCCACAAAGUUAAUAUAACGUAGGACGAACUCCAAGCCAAGCAAGCCAGCGUGUGAUGGCUUUGGGGCCAGAACCAGCGUGGUGCGGCCAGUACCCCCGGUGCUCCGUGCUAGGGCAGGGGUGAGGGGCAUGUGGGGUGGGGGGUCAGACUUGGAGAAGGGAGGGCAGGGAAAGGGGUGAGUUUUUAAAAAGUGAAAUGUCUAGAACACUAUUGGCUGUGAACACUAUGUACUGAUCCGUUCAGCUAAAGCAACAAGGUGCAGGAAGAGUUUAAACCAACGUGGUUAUUUACCCAGACACCACAACUGCCAUUUCCCCCCAUGGAUCAGGAACAUGGCCCCACUGGGUGGAGCAAAUGCUAGCCCAGGGCACACUCUAACAGCCAUUCCAGUGGGGACUGACCCGUGGCUGUAACAUGCAGGUUGUUUGUGGGCCAUGUUCUGUCUGGGGAUGCUGUCCAUGGCUGCAUGGCCCUUCCUCAGAGUGCAUCGUUAGAACAAAUAGGGCACUGCUAGAUUUCCCUUGACAAGACUAAUCAUUCCUGGUUUUUUAACCUGGUAACAGCAGCUGCAGGCGUCUCCAGCUCGCCCCCCUGGUUCGGAGACGGAUGGUAGCUGGCGGCCCGUGGUGGGGGAGCUUGCCGCUUUGGGAGCGGUCAGCUUCAUCACACUGAUGGGUUCCUGCAAAACGCUGCCUCCCUUCCCGACGGGUGGCACGGCCCUUCGUGCCCUGCUGGGUGCUCUGAUUUUAAUGCUAAAUGACCAAAUUUAUAAUUUUAACAGGAAGACCAUAAUGGUUGUAAUGUUAAUAAACAAAAAAUAUGGAAACCCUGCUAAAUAGGUUUUAAUCUGUGGAGGGGGGAGAUCAGGAUCCUUGUGUUCUGACUGCGGGUCGCAUGGUAGCAUGAAAACACUCUCUCUCUUUCUCAUGGGGGGAAUUGCCUCGUUUGGCCAAACUAGCUAAUGACUGUUCAUAUUCCAUGGAAGGGUUUCUAAUAAUAAUCCAGUACCUAGCUGUUGUUUUGCCUUAUACACUACUUCUGUCCUCCUGUUGGUACCAGAUUGAUGAUGAUUCUGUAUAUUUACUCUCUAACAGGGAGGGGUUACAUUAAUCAUAGUUACUGAUCUAUUUUGUAUGUUGUAAAAAGCUUGUAAUAUAGGAUUAAGGUGGGCUUGUUGCAAGUAUACUAAAAUCCUCACCUUUAAACUGCUCUUUUUCUAUGAUGAUGGAAAUGUUUCCUUUUUACGUUCGAACUAGGCAGCACUCAUGUUGAGGACCACUGCCCAGUUACAGGAAAUUGGGUUUUUUUUGUUUGUUUUUCUGGAGGAAAAAUAUCUGCCCAGCUUAGCUGGUUGGAAGAGAAGUUAAUGCACUGUGCAUUUUUGUUUAAAUAAAUUUUAAAAAAGGAAAAAAAAGUCUUUCCCUGUAAUGUUCGCUUCCUGUAAGUCUUGUUUUGGAAGCAGAGGGGUUCUUUUAAAAGGAAAAAAUAAAAACCAAUAAGCUUGAAAUUGCAUUUAAAUAAAAAUAAUAAAGAUGCACAUCUGUUCAAAUCACAACUUUUGGGCCAAAGCACUUUGCUGUUAGGUGUUUCGAAUGUUGUCUUGUAUGUGUUUUGUGGGACUUCCAUUGCUCAUCGGAGACCUGUUAGCGUUUCCUUCAUCUCACUGCUGUGCUGUCUGUACGCCUUGGCCGUUUAUCGGUCAGUGGGGAACCGCAGGCUGAACCAGCAAUUCGGGGAGUAUCCAAGAUGGUUCUGCCAGACUGGUGCGUGACUCAUCAAAGGAUGCUGCUAAUGGUAGAUCACUGGGAGCCCUUAAAGGAGGCGUGGAAUUGUUUGGGUGGGGAAGAGGGGCAGAAGGAAGAACAAGAAGAUACCACUGUAUGCCAAUGUGAGGCUUCCUCGACUAGCCUGACCACCUUCACACCAUAGGACUAGUGAGAAGAAAGAACUAGACCGAAGCUUUUCACAUAGCGUGGGGUUUGCUUGAUUUUUUUUUUUCUUUUUCCUGACUGCUUGAAAUGGGGCCCUUGAGCCUGGGCUUUUUGUAGCACUAGACACUGCACCAACGAGGUGGUGUGUCCAGCCCCCAAGAGGCGAGCGAGCAGUUUGGAUGCUCCAGCUAGCAAGGCUGUGUUGGGCCCUCUUUGGGAUCAUAGGGAUAGCUGGAAACAGAGUUCCUAACAGUCCUGUUUUUCGUAGUCUUGCAUUGCACCUGGAGCAGCUCCGAAGGGCUGCAGAAUGGAGAGGCUCGGUGGGUCUUCAGCGAGAGACCAGUCAAUGGAAACACAUUCUCCGUUCAUGCUUCCGGUGCCUUACCUGUGUCCAAAGCAUUUCGGACUCCUCUCCUUGUGCUUUGCGGACUGAAGCAAUUCCGCCUGCAUAUUCCCACCACUGCGAUUUGUUUUUCCUUCCACCUGUUUGCUCCUAGUUUAAAUCCCCACUUCCUCUUGACUGCGGCGCCACUGAAGGGUUCCAGUUUCUUGAGUCUCUCCCCCUGCAGCUGCUCCUCAGCCUGGAAGAGCUCAAGCAUUCGAUGGCCCAUUGUAUACAUGUACCAGACCUGACCUGUGCGUGGAGUCUGCACAUUAGCUGGAUUUUUAUAAUUUAUUGUAUGAUUUUUUUGGGGUUACAUUUUGCUGCAAGACUGUAGCCAUCUCUAAAGGUUUGACUUCUCCCUUGGAGGGACGUGUACUGUAGCUCAGAUUCUGGUCUAAUUUUGUAUGCUUCUUCCUGUCUCUCCUACAUGCAAUUCUUUAAACCUCACUAUUAAAAUAAUAAUCCCAA